CGUCCCACCCUUGACAUCGAUCAUAGUAUUCGUGGUGGCCAUAAACGAUCGUCCGAGAAGAAUGGUGUGACUCUUCUCCUCCUUUUGCGCCCACGUCUAGCACGACAAAGUCAACUGGCACAAUCAGCUUACCAACUCGAUCAAGUACGUCCUCCACAAUUCCCUCGGGCCGACGGUACGAACGGUCUGCAAGCUGUAGGCGCAUCUUGGUGGGCUUCAACUCUCCAAGCCCAAGCCUACG